AUGAACUCCGCGCCGGUUUUCCUGGACGCCGGGGCCGUGGAGAAACACUGGCCCGCCUCCGGCGCCCUCCUCUCGGCUCUCGAAGCCGCCUUGGCCGCCUUCUCCAGCGGGGCCGAGGGCGGCGUGGUGCAGCCGCUGCGCACCGUCGUCCCGAUCCAGAAGCACAACGGGACAUCCAAUGUGUAUGCUUAUUUAAUGCCUGCAGUUUCAGAAGUCCUCUGCAUUUUAGGAGCUGGCGUUCAAGCCUACAGCCACUACGAACUUUUCACACAGCUCUUCUCCUUUAAAGAGGUUAGGAUCUGGAAUCGCACCAAGAAGAAUGCAGAAAAGUUUGCUAGCAAAGUGAACGGACCGGUACGGGUCUGUUCCUCGGUCCAGGACGCUGUCAACGGGGCGGAUGUGAUUGUCACCGUCACAAUGGCCACUCAACCCAUCUUGCACGGAGAGUGGGUGAAACCCGGAGCCCAUAUAAAUGCUGUAGGAGCCAGCCGGCCUGAUUGGCGAGAACUAGAUGACAAUGUAAUGAGCAAUUCGGUAUUGUAUGUCGAUUCGAAAGAGGCGGCUCUGCGCGAAUCUGGAGAUGUUAUUUUAUCAGGGGUAAGGAGGUCGAUGGUUUUCAUCCCCCAAUUGUCUGUGAUUUUUGAAUCCUUUUCAGGGAUGGCGAUUGAAGACACCAUCACAGCAAAAAUGGUGUUUGAAGGUUGGUCGGCCAGCGGAUGAGUUCUGCAACCGUCUGAUGCUCUCGAGCCACAGAAUAAUAAAAGGAAGAUUGUUUCUGAGCAUAAAUAGCUAAUAUUGCACAAUAAACUGUCUUACUAGGUUACAAUAGCAAGAUAAAUAGUAACGUAACAGAAGAAUCAAAUGAUUUUUCUCAGUGUUUCUCAAGCUCAGUGACUUUCAGAUAUGUGGACUUCAACUCCCAGAAUUCCCCAGGCAGAAAACUUU